GGGGCGGCGGCAGCGGCAGCGGCAGCGGCGGCGGCGGCAUCGUCGCCCCGGAGCGGGCGCAGGGUUUGCCACCCUCGGAGUGUGGACUAACAGCAGCCGAGGAGACAGAGCUGAACUUGGUCACGCAGUCCCUAGAGUCAGCAAGACAUGGGCUCCAUUGUGCAGCUCCUGACACCUCUGAUGUAACCAGAAGACGUGGAGGGGAGCUGUCCCGACCAUGUAGAUGCCAGCCCCAGGGAUGAUCAGCAUGGGCCCCACUGAAUGGAGACUCCUGGGUCAGCAUUCCUGAGCCUCUUCGGCCCCUGGACCUCACCCCACUCCUGGGGACACUCCUCAGAGCUCUCCAGUGCUGUCAUCAGCCCACCUCAGCCAUCACCUCCUCCUGGGACUGGAAGUUGGCCUCCUGGAGCUAACACCCUCUGGUGAGGGUGUACUGAGGACAGCCACACACAGCCAUCACCCACAGGCCCCUUUUCCAGUGCUGACCCUCAGGCCCAGCCUGAGCAGAAACUUCAGCAAACAUGGGUGAUAUGACCAACAGCGACUUUUACUCCAAAAACCAAAGAAAUGAGUCGAGCCAUGGGGGCGAGUUCGGGUGCAGCAUGGAGGAGCUGCGCUCCCUCAUGGAGCUGCGGGGCACUGAGGCUGUGGUCAAGAUCAAGGAGACAUAUGGGGACACUGAAGCCAUCUGCCGGCGCCUCAAAACCUCUCCUGUUGAAGGUUUGCCAGGCACCGCUCCAGACCUGGAAAAGAGGAAACAGAUUUUCGGGCAAAACUUCAUACCUCCAAAGAAACCAAAAACCUUCCUGCAGCUGGUGUGGGAAGCACUACAGGACGUGACGCUCAUCAUCCUGGAGAUCGCGGCCAUCAUCUCCCUGGGACUGUCCUUCUACCACCCACCCGGAGAGAGCAAUGAAGGAUGUGCCACGGCCCAGGGUGGGGCAGAAGAUGAAGGUGAAGCAGAAGCAGGCUGGAUCGAGGGGGCUGCCAUCCUGCUGUCAGUCAUCUGUGUGGUCCUCGUCACAGCCUUCAAUGAUUGGAGUAAGGAGAAACAGUUCCGGGGCCUGCAGAGCCGAAUUGAGCAGGAGCAGAAGUUCACCGUAGUCCGGGCUGGCCAGGUGGUCCAGAUCCCUGUGGCCGAGAUUGUGGUUGGAGACAUUGCCCAGAUCAAAUACGGUGACCUCCUUCCUGCUGAUGGCCUCUUCAUCCAGGGCAAUGACCUCAAGAUCGAUGAAAGCUCGCUCACAGGGGAGUCUGACCAGGUGCGCAAGUCUGUGGAUAAGGACCCUAUGUUGCUGUCAGGAACUCAUGUGAUGGAAGGCUCAGGACGGAUGGUGGUGACUGCUGUGGGUGUCAACUCUCAAACUGGCAUCAUAUUUACCCUGCUUGGGGCUGGUGGUGAAGAGGAAGAGAAGAAAGACAAAAAAGGUGUGAAGAAGGGGGAUGGCCUUCAGCUACCAGCGGCCGACGGCGCGGCACCUGCAAACGCUGCAGGUAGCGCAAAUGCCAGCCUAGUCAAUGGUAAAAUGCAGGAUGGCAGUGCCGACAGCAGCCAGAGCAAAGCCAAGCAGCAGGAUGGGGCAGCUGCUAUGGAAAUGCAGCCUCUGAAGAGCGCGGAGGGCGGUGAUGCAGAUGACAAGAAGAAAGCCAACAUGCACAAGAAAGAGAAGUCGGUGCUUCAGGGCAAGCUCACCAAGCUGGCUGUGCAGAUAGGCAAGGCGGGCCUGGUGAUGUCGGCCAUCACGGUGAUCAUCCUGGUGCUCUACUUCACCGUGGACACCUUCGUGGUCAACAAGAAGCCGUGGCUGACGGAGUGCACACCGGUCUACGUGCAGUACUUCGUCAAGUUCUUCAUCAUUGGUGUGACGGUGCUGGUGGUCGCUGUGCCCGAGGGCCUCCCUCUGGCUGUCACCAUCUCACUGGCCUAUUCCGUGAAGAAAAUGAUGAAGGACAACAACCUGGUCCGUCACCUGGACGCCUGUGAGACCAUGGGCAAUGCCACAGCCAUCUGCUCGGACAAGACAGGCACGCUGACCACCAACCGCAUGACCGUGGUGCAGGCCUAUGUCGGUGAUGUCCACUACAAGGAGAUCCCUGAUCCCAGCUCCAUCAAUGCCAAGACGUUGGAGCUGCUGGUCAAUGCCAUUGCCAUCAACAGCGCCUACACCACCAAGAUCCUCCCCCCAGAAAAGGAGGGCGCCCUGCCCCGGCAGGUGGGCAACAAGACAGAGUGCGGCCUGCUGGGCUUCGUGCUGGACCUGAGGCAGGAUUACGAGCCGGUGCGCAGCCAGAUGCCAGAGGAGAAGCUGUAUAAGGUGUACACCUUCAACUCCGUGCGCAAGUCCAUGAGCACUGUCAUCAAGAUGCCUGACGAGAGCUUCCGCAUGUACAGCAAAGGUGCUUCGGAGAUUGUGCUCAAGAAGUGCUGCAAGAUUCUCAGUGGGGCAGGGGAGCCCCGUGUCUUCCGGCCCCGUGACAGGGACGAGAUGGUUAAGAAGGUGAUCGAGCCCAUGGCCUGUGACGGGCUCCGUACCAUCUGUGUGGCCUAUCGUGACUUCCCCAGCAGCCCUGAGCCUGACUGGGACAAUGAGAAUGACAUUCUCAAUGAACUCACCUGCAUCUGCGUGGUGGGCAUCGAAGACCCAGUGCGACCUGAGGUCCCAGAAGCCAUCCGCAAGUGCCAGCGGGCCGGUAUCACAGUCCGCAUGGUCACCGGUGACAACAUCAACACAGCCCGGGCCAUCGCCAUCAAGUGUGGCAUUAUCCACCCUGGAGAGGACUUCCUGUGCCUAGAAGGCAAAGAAUUCAAUCGGAGGAUCCGCAACGAGAAGGGGGAGAUUGAGCAGGAGCGGAUUGACAAGAUCUGGCCAAAGCUGAGGGUGCUGGCUCGAUCCUCGCCCACGGAUAAGCACACCCUGGUCAAAGGCAUCAUCGACAGCACACACACUGAGCAGCGGCAGGUGGUGGCUGUGACAGGGGAUGGGACCAACGACGGGCCUGCUCUUAAGAAGGCAGAUGUGGGCUUCGCGAUGGGCAUCGCAGGCACGGAUGUGGCCAAGGAGGCCUCAGACAUCAUCCUGACAGAUGACAACUUCAGCAGCAUCGUUAAGGCAGUGAUGUGGGGCCGUAAUGUCUAUGACAGCAUAUCCAAAUUCCUGCAGUUUCAGCUGACUGUCAACGUGGUGGCUGUGAUCGUGGCCUUCACGGGCGCCUGCAUUACACAGGACUCCCCUCUCAAGGCGGUGCAGAUGCUCUGGGUGAACCUCAUCAUGGACACGUUUGCUUCCCUGGCCCUGGCGACAGAGCCGCCCACCGAGACUCUGCUCCUGAGGAAACCUUACGGCCGCAACAAGCCGCUCAUCUCCAGAACCAUGAUGAAGAACAUCCUGGGCCACGCCGUCUACCAGCUAACCCUCAUCUUCACCCUGCUCUUCGUGGGUGAGAAGAUGUUCCAGAUUGACAGCGGAAGGAACGCCCCACUGCACUCACCACCCUCGGAGCACUACACCAUCAUCUUCAACACCUUCGUCAUGAUGCAGCUUUUCAACGAGAUCAACGCCCGUAAGAUCCAUGGCGAGCGCAACGUCUUCGACGGAAUCUUCCGGAACCCCAUCUUCUGCACCAUCGUUCUCGGCACUUUUGCCAUCCAGAUAGUGAUCGUGCAGUUCGGCGGGAAACCCUUCAGCUGCUCCCCACUCCAGCUGGACCAGUGGAUGUGGUGCAUCUUCAUAGGCCUGGGAGAGCUCGUCUGGGGCCAGGUCAUCGCCACCAUCCCUACCAGCAGGCUCAAGUUUCUGAAAGAGGCAGGGCGGCUAACACAGAAGGAGGAGAUCCCCGAGGAAGAGUUAAAUGAGGAUGUGGAAGAGAUAGACCACGCAGAGCGGGAGCUUCGCCGAGGCCAGAUCCUAUGGUUCCGGGGCCUGAAUCGGAUCCAGACACAGAUUGAAGUAGUCAAUACUUUCAAGAGCGGGGCCUCCUUCCAGGGGGCCCUGCGGAGACAGUCCUCCGUCACCAGCCAGAGCCAGGACGUAGCCAGUCUCUCUAGCCCUAGUCGCGUGUCGUUAUCCAAUGCUCUUUCCUCUCCGACCAGCCUUCCUCCUGCUGCAGCUGGGCGUGAAGGGCUAGAGAACCCUGGACACAGAGUUCAGCAAGAGAGAGUGAAAUUUAAAGAGAUCCGCGUCGUGAAGGCGUUCCGUAGCUCUCUCUAUGAAGGGUUAGAAAAACCCGAGUCUCGAACCUCCAUCCAUAACUUCAUGGCUCAUCCUGAAUUCCGGAUCGAAGAUUCCCAGCCCCACAUCCCCCUCAUCGAUGACACCGACCUGGAAGAAGAUGCCGCGCUCAAGCAGAACUCGAGCCCGCCGUCCUCGCUCAACAAGAACAAUAGCGCCAUCGACAGCGGGAUCAACCUGACGACCGACACGAGCAAAUCAGCUACCUCUUCAAGUCCAGGGAGCCCCAUCCACAGCCUGGAGACGUCGCUUUAGCUGAGGCCCCUGUCGCCUGGCCAUGCUCAUGGACCCACCGCCACCCGCCUCCAGGCGCACACCCUUCCAGGCACCAACUCCCAGACGCAGCAAGGAGCACUGGGCGGAACCCACACAGCGGAGAGAGAACCCGUUUCCACACACAGACCCUUUCUCUGGCUGCCAUGCUGUUUGAACUCUUUUUCACUCCUUAGGCCAUGGGCGGGGUUGCCCCCGGGGUCAUCUGGAGCAGAGAGUGGCGUGGAUUGGUUUUUUUUUUUUUUCCAAAACAUAAAAAAAUAAUAACGAAUUAAUUUUAAAAAAAGAACCCUUCCAGGCUCCAGCCCAGACACGGACCAGCCAUGCACCCGCCAGCCACUGCGUCCCCAGCAUGAAUGUACCUGGACACUUUUAAUCCCCUCCCUCAUUUGGUUCUUGGAGGGUUAGGGAGGGGAGUUUUUUGUUUGUUUUCUUAGGCGGGAACUGCAAACAGGAACUGCGAACAGACUGCUGUUCAUUCAGUCCACUGGUCUAUGAGGUUUCAAAUGCUUGCCCAGCAUGGUCUCAAAUGUCUAGAUUAAUUUAAUAACUUUUUGAAAUCACAGAGUAGGUUUGCACCAAUGAAACCCAAGAACUCCACAGACACUCAUGAGGUUAUAUCCGUUUCUUUGUAUCUAUAUCAACGUAUACUUCUUGAAGACUGUAUACGUGCGUAUAGAUAAGUAGAUAUUAUAUAUAUAUACAUAUAUAUACAUGGAUAUAUAAAGUUCCUUUGCCGGCAUGUUGCCUUGUUUCUGCUUAAAUUGCUCUAUUUUAACUUAUGUCCUAAAAGAAGAAUGUAAUUUGUUUACAAACCUGUAGAUAAUGUCUUUGGCUAUUUGUGUGGUUUAAGAACACUGGUGGCCGAGAUGCUUACAAACAGCUUGGCCCAACAGACACAUCCCCUGGAUUGCAUCCUUGAAGUUUUACGAUAGCCAUGCUCUGAUUUUUUGCCUGCUAUUUCCGUUCAAUAACGUCACUACUGUGGGAAGCUCAGGCAGAAAGCCAACAGCUCCCAAGGAUCCACCCUGAGGAGCUACGCAACAUGCUCCACCGUAGACAAGGGAGAGGAGGAGAGAAGGUGGUUCCCCCGGGCUGGCAACAUGGCUGUCCAGGUCCCAUGACGUCAGUAGUGCACCCGGAGAAGGAAGGCUUUUCUCUCAAUGAAACUCGCUUGAGUUUACAGAGAGCAUUUCAGAACUGAGUUGUCUUUGGCGCUGUCUUUGUGAGUCAAGGUAGUGUUCAGAUAUCACAGAUGCUAUUGUGUUGAUUUUUUUUUUUUUAGUUAGUAGUUUAGAAGUUUCUUUCCUUAUAAACAGCAGCGUAGACACUGCUGACAUACUGGAUGAGGGUUGGUACGGCUUGCUGCUUUCGGUUUUUCUUUUUGAAGAAGAAUAGCCUUUUUUCUCUGCACUAUUUAGAUCCGAAUGAACCUUAUGAUGUGUACAUUGAGAUGUAUUCAGUGUGAUUUUUAAACCAAAUUGUCUUCCUGUAGUUACAACAUAUACUGUAGCCUUUUAACAGCAAGUCCUGCUUUCCCAGACAGAAAGCCAUUCCGAUUAUCUUCCCAUAUCACAGGUGAGAAAGGUGGCUAUCCCCUCCCCCAACAAUAACAGCACUAGUAAUCCCAACUCAAUAAGAGCUUGUCUGUCGGCCUCUGACUGCUAAGCACUUUGUGGGUCUCAGCUUUUUUUCAUAAAAGAACUUUUGUAUUUAAUACAAAGUUUGCUUUGAGACUUUUCAGCAUACAAUCUUUUUCCAUAAACUUGUACAGUGCAAAAAGACAUUUUGAAUACCAUGACCGGUGAUGUCCCGUGCUUCGAGGAAAACCAAACACUUUCCGCCUCACUUGUGAACUCCAUCCUUCACUCUCUCCCUUCUCACAAUCGCUCCUCGCUCUUCAGCCUGGUCCCCAGCCCUCCUCCAGGCCCAGAGACCUCUUCACUAAACAAGAUGACAGCCACUUGGGAAAAGAGCCAUAGUCCGCUGGGAGGGCCCACGUCUGGAUGGCUGUGAAAAACUUGAGUUAUUGGUUUGGGGUUCAAAGUCUGCCCAUCCCACCUGGCCACAAUCUUUCUGUAAGGAAGAAUAUCUCUGAAGGAUUCUGAAUGUAUCCAGGAGAGAGAGAGCUGCCUCUCCAGCAGGUGGACCAGCCCUAGAUAUACUCACUGGAUUCCAGUACAGACUCCACCAGAGGCAGCCCACAGUACCCCUCCAAGGGAGGGAAGGAAACCCCGGGGCUGCCUUCGAACAGGAUAGGUUUUUCUUUGGGUUUUUUGUUGUUGUUUGAUUGGUUUGGGGGGUUUUUGGUUUUGUUUUUUUUUUGGGUUUUUUUUUUUUUUUUUUUUGGUGGGGGGUCCUUUGUCACAUUUUUCAUCCUACCCUCCUCCAUUCAACCAUGCAUCUAUGACCUCAUUCCAUGCCACCAGGGUUCUUGUGCUUACAAACCAGGGUCCUUGGGCUUUGGAACCAGGCCUCAAGGGCAAAGAGGAAGGGGUUCUCUGAGCAGAGCCAGGUUCUCAGACAGGGAGCAGAGGAAGCUAGCAAGGAGGCCUGACAUUAGCGCUGGCUUCCCGGCGUCAGGAAUGAGGGAUAGCCUAUGCCCCAGCCCCUCGCUCUCACCCUCUUCCAUACACACCUACACAGGAGAUGGUUGGUUGGUCAGAACUCACUGUAGUACACAAAGCUUGCACUUCCGCGUCCUAUAUCUAGCAGCAUGGGAUACGUUUGGCAGUUCACCCCAUUAGGGGGUCAAUAAUUUAUGACCAUUCAUCUGUUUUUAUGAAUUUUUUUAUCUAGACAAUAAUUGUAAAUAAAGAAUUCACCGUCUCUGCUCAUUUAAUACUAUGCAAUGGUUAUGUUUUCCAUGGCUGGCUCUUCCUGCUCACGCAGGUAUUUCUGGUGUGUCUAUGAUAUUUAAAAACACAAAUCAAGCAGAAAUAGGAAAUCCCUACUCUUUUCUAGCAUGGGACCCUGCCCCUCCUUUCUUGUCCUCUGCACUCUGUAAGUGCAUCAGCUCCCUGCCCCCUCAGAAUGCUGAGAGACAAUGGGGGGCCCUCAACUUGCUGCUCACAGCUAUCCAGGAUUGAGGAGCAGCCUCCAUGUCUCCACCCACCCACCCCUCUCCAAUCCUCAACCCAACCACAGCAGAGCUGUCUGGAGGGAGGUGCCCUAUUUCUGAGAGUGGAUGUGGCACUGGCAGCUCCCAAGCCAGAGCCUAUCCUAUCCUGGGUCCUCUGGUUAAUGAAGAGCCACUGUGUCCCCAUGCCUGUUAAAAAGCUACCUUUGCCUCCUCCUGAUUUUUUACAUAGACAUCAGUCCAAUUCUAGAAUUUCUCUUUAACCCCCUUGUCUGGCACCAGCCACAUGUUUUAAUUAUUAUCCCCCUCAAACAUGUUAGUAUAUAGUAGGGAGUAAGUCCCCCUCCCUGUUCACAAGAUUCCCCCUCACAUCUGUUCUUCUGAAGAAAUGCUAAAAUUUUUGCCAGACCCUCUGAACUUCUCUUACCGCAGACUCUGGGCCCUGUUGCUUUAUGUGCCACCCCUACCCCCAUUGUAAUCACUGUCCAUUUCAGAUCCUCUAUGUGCAGAAUGUCCUGUGAGAACAGACAAAACAACACCCUGAAUUCUGGGAAACUAUCAACUUACUUGUCCCCUUAGCCCCAGAAUUGUCAGGAGAGGCCACCAAGCCCCUUCUAACAAGUCAUCUCCUGUGGUUGUCCCAGAGCCAGUCCCCAUAUGCUCCUUGACUGGAUGGGAAAGGAAGACCUCUCCCAGAGCCAGUACUUGGAGAGAACAUUCGGUCUCAUCAGACCCACACUACAGAGGGAUACUUUCUGUCCGCCUUUUCUAAACUGGCUUUUGGUGAUUUUAUUUGGGCUAUUGGGAGUCAUCUCUUAUUCGGAGUUAUAGCACCUUUGGGAUACAAGAAUGUCUUGCCUGAUGUCUUGGCACCUUUGAUGUAGCCAUAGGAGGUUGCCAACUGAACCACACUGACAAGCCUUUCAUCCAACUCUCUUCUGCUCUAGUAUCUAAAGCCCCACCCUUGGAGAACCCUAGCAGUGAGGAUUCUUCUAGAAGCACCAAGGCUGCAGUCAGACCCUAAAAGUCCCCAUGUGUUUUCCAAGGUCCAAAUGGAGUCCUCUGAUUUAAUAUGGAGAUCCGACCCACCCAAGGCAUGGGACUCCAGGCCCUGGGUAGCUGCCAUCAUCCCCUCCUCCCAAAACAAAAGGUUUGAGGCUGCUUGGGCCCUUCCAGGCCCAUGGUCUGUUUUGUAAUGUCUGUGGUGCUCUCCCUCCAGGGCCCUUCCUCUCGGGGGUCACCACACUUUGCUAACUCUCGUGUGCACAUCUUUUAUAACGGAGUAGCGAGGGAAUGGUGCCGCCUCCAGCUUCUAUAAGCUGCCUGGGCUCUGGAGGGCUCUGGGACAAUCGGGGCUGGGAAGUGACUGUGCUCUUAUUGUACUCUCUUUAUUUCUCUGUAUCUCUGGCUUGUGCUCUUUGUAACUAACAGGAUUUGUCUGCCUUUUCAACACUAUACUGAGCAAUAACAAUAAAUGCACACGUGGAAACGCA